AUGCGGAUACCAAAGCCCUUAGCGAUCUUUCUCACACUGCUAGCAUGGGUUGCAAAUGCAGACCGAAAACUGCCUGCCGAUCUUCAAGUGGACCUCAUCUUCCCACUUAACGAGACUUAUGCGCCAACGCAAUGGUUUCCUAUCAUUUUCGAUGUGCAGAACCUCGACGCUCUCUGGCCGGUGGACAUCUUUUUGUCUGUGUCGGUAUGGAGUAACGAAUGGAAGGUCAGCGGCAGGCAAAGUAGGCUUUGGGAGUAUGAGUUCUUCGGCCUCAGCCCUGAAGAUUUCGCAAAGACCGACGGACCACCACCUAGCAAGCACUUUUUCCACAUCCCCUCCAUCAACAUGACCAACGGCACCACAGGUGAAUAUAGCAUUCUGUGGCACAUCUCGAUUGAAAACCAAUGCUUCGCUAACGCCACCCAACCGCUAAGCGAGGCCGCGGCCCAUGACUGGUCCAACAGACUCCGGGGUCCGUAUGAGCGGUCUCUUCAAUUCAGUACGGCACCUGGAGCACAACUCCCCGACAUUGAGGCCACUGUCAACUCAUGCCCAAGCCCUAACGAGAACAACUCAGUGGCGGUUCGCAUCACAGAAGUGAGGGAGACAUUGCACAGACAAAAACCGUGCCCUGUUUUCGAAACGAACGUUGCCCCGGCCAGGUGCGCGUACAAACCAUUUGCUGCAGAGUUGGCAGCGAAUGUUUCUGGCCUCAUGUUAGGCAACAUGAGGUGCAGUAAUGGCACGUGGCAAACAGUCACGGCGCCAUGCCCUAGAAAGAGUGCAUCAAAUGCUCACAGGAUGUGGUCUGGGGCAGGCUGGGUUCCGGUCUUGGUUGUUGCUGCCGUUAUUAGUAUACUAUAG